UGGAGGUCGGGACGCUGCGCUGUCUUAUGUGUGUGUGUGAGCUGGUGUGUGUGUGUGUGUUGGUGCCAACGCGGGACACCGGAGCCGAACAAGACUCACAGACUCAGUGGCAGCGCAGACGAUGUGUUGCAGCGGUGGACGCGGAGGAUGAAGGGACAGAGCCGGGAGAAGAAGUUCAAAGUUUGACGGGACCGCGUCCGGUAGCCUGAUCCACCCAGUCCCGCAUCCGUCCACACUCACCGAUGGAAAACUUUACCGGGCUGAAAACAUCACCUCACACUGGAUGUUGACCGCCGCGUGCUGUGAAGUUGAUAUUUUCAGAUAUGCAGUCCCUGUAAAACGGUUCAGUCGGAAUCUUUUUACAUUCAACACCGCACCUUUAUUUAAUUCGGAUUUUCGAUCUAUGGGAAAAGGCGAGUAAAGUGAUGAACCGGGACAGAGCGGCACCGGGGCCCGGAGGAGAAGGGGUCCAGGCCGUGAUAAGCCGGGAAAGAGCCGUAGCAGGGCCCGUGGCGGACGCGGUCCAGUCCGCGAUGAGCCGGGAUAGAGCGCCAGACGGGGACGGGAUUCAGACAGUGGUGGGUCCGGACAGCGGAGACGUGCUGGACGGAGUUGCCGCCGGGGAGAAGCGGCUCUUCUCUAACGCGGUUGCCGGAGGCAGAGAUGUUCAGGCCGGGGAGAACCACUCGGAGCCCGCGCCGACAAAUCCGGUGUUAGUCCCGCCACCGCAGGGCCCCGCCGGGCACCGGACCACCUCUUUCUCCGUGCUGGACAUCCUGGACCCAAACAAGUUCACGAGCAGCCGGCGACAGCAGCAACACGCGAGCCACCGGGGAGAGCGCGAGCUGAGCGCGUACGGAGCUGAGAACCGGAGAGGAGGAGGAGGAGCGGUGGAGCGCGAGCCCGGUCUGGAGCCCAGCAAAGGCUGCUACGGUGCCGAAGAGUACCCGAGCAAGGAAGGCUUUGCAUACAGAAGCCCAGAUGAAGAUGACUACCAGAGAUCCGGGACGCCAGACUCAGAGGCUCAAGAUGGCCCCUACAGCAGUGAAGAGAGCAGCUCAGCCUUGCCCAGUAGUGGAGAGAGAGAACUGGGCCAGCACAGCCACCAAGACCCCUCCAGAGACACCAAGAGCCCAGGAGGAGGGCCUGAAGGCCAGAUCAGCAAUGGCCAGACCAAUGGGGGCCAGGGGGUCAAGCCCAAGAGGAAGCGCUCAGGCUCAGACUCCAAGUCAGGGAAACCCCGUAGAGCCCGGACUGCCUUCACCUACGAGCAGCUGGUGGCGCUGGAGAACAAGUUCAAAUCCACCCGCUACCUGUCAGUGUGUGAGCGGCUUAACCUGGCCCUGUCGCUCUCCCUCACUGAGACCCAGGUCAAGAUCUGGUUCCAGAACCGCCGGACCAAGUGGAAGAAACAAAACCCUGGUGCCGACACAUCCGCCCCCACCGGCGCAGGAGGACCAGGAGGGACUGGGGGAGCAGGGGGAGGAGUAGGCCUGGGGGGUCUCAGUCCUCUCAGCCCGUCCCCCCCAGUCAGUGGGCACCUGGCCAUGCACGCUGGCUAUGCCAGCCACCAUCACCCUCCCACCGGCAGCCUGGUUCAGCUCCCUUUCCUCACUGCCAGCCACGUCCUGUCCCCCUUCAUGUUGGGGACACAGAGCUAUGCUGCCCCCGCUUUCUACAGCACACAUCUGUAGACACAUGCCACAGAGAGGUUGGAAGCUACACACAAACACACACACACACAAAGACCUGACAGAUCCACCCUCGGAAACACUCUGAGCCAGAGAGACUGAAAUGUUCCAGUGUAGGAGUGAACUGCAGCAGCAGCAGAGCAGGCAGACUGUUAGUGAUCAGCUCUGCUCCUGUUUUUACUACCAACGUUUGAAGGCUUUAAUUUCAAUGGAUUAUUUUGAUAGAAUGUGAAUAUCUUCCAGAAACUGUACAUAAACCUAUGUUCUAGCUCCCUAUUCUGAAUGCUGUUUUAAAAUAUGUAAUAGGCAAAUAGCUGAGUUCUUUGUUUUGAAAAAAAUAAAAAUCUGUAUGAAUAUUGAAUGUUUAUUUAUGACUUAAGGAAUGGCUUGAUCUAUUGUCAGUACCGUGUAACUCCAGCUGUGAUUGUUUUCAUUGGGACUGUUUCUGUUGAAUUUGUU